AUAAUAGUGAGAGAGAGAGAGAGAGGUAGAAAUGGCGGGAGAAGAUUCAGAUAACCAGCCGUCGUCACCAGCUUCACCUUCUUCCGCCGGAUUCAACACAGAUCAGUUACCUAUAAGCACGAGCCAAAACUCAGAGAAUUUCUCCGAUGAAGAAGCCGCCGUAGAUACCCAAAUCAUCAGGGAUUUGCCUGAAGAGGCGGAGGAGGAAGAUGAAGAAGAAGGAGAAGAUCUCUAUAACGAUAAUUACUUGGAUGAUUAUCAGAAGAUGGAUGGGAAUGAUCAGUAUGAGUCCAAUGGAUUAGAUGAUUCCGUCGACGAUGAGAGGGAUUUAGAUCAGGUUAUGCUUGACCGUCGUGCGGCUGAGGCUGUGCUCGAUGCUCGUGAAACUCAAUUCGCUGCUACUCGCAAGCUUCCUCAUCUUCUUCACGAUAAUGAUUCAGAUGAUUGGAAUUAUAGGCCUUCGAAGAGGUCUCGGACUACGGUUCCACCAAGAGGUAAUGGUGAUCCUGAUGGAAACCCUCCAAGUUCGCCAGGAGGGUCACAGCCAGAUAUUUCAAUGACUGAUCAAACAGAUGAUUAUCAAGAUGAGGAUGAUAAUGAAGAUGAAGCAGAGUUUGAGAUGUAUCGGAUUCAAGGAACUCUGAGGGAAUGGGUUAUGAGAGAUGAAGUGAGACGUUUCAUUGCUAAGAAGUUCAAAGACUUUUUGCUUACAUAUGUGAAACCAAAGAAUGAUAAUGGAGAUAUUGAAUAUGUUCGUUUAAUAAACGAAAUGGUUUCAGCUAAUAAGUGCAGUCUGGAAAUUGAUUAUAAAGAAUUCAUACACGUCCACCCAAAUAUUGCAAUCUGGUUGGCGGAUGCUCCACAACCUGUUCUUGAAGUCAUGGAGGAAGUUACAGAAAAGGUCAUCUUUGAUCUGCAUCCCAACUACAAGAAUAUUCACACAAAGAUCUAUGUUCGUGUUACCAACCUGCCAGUUAAUGAUCAGAUUCGGAACAUAAGGCAGAUUCAUCUUAACACUAUGAUCCGUAUUGGUGGAGUUGUAACAAGGCGUUCUGGGGUCUUUCCUCAGCUGCAGCAGGUUAAAUAUGACUGUAACAAGUGCGGAGCAGUUUUGGGGCCUUUCUUCCAAAACUCGUAUUCAGAAGUCAAAGUCGGUUCUUGUUCUGAAUGCCAGUCAAAAGGACCGUUUACUGUGAAUGUCGAACAGACAAUAUACAGGAACUAUCAGAAGCUUACAAUCCAAGAGAGUCCAGGAACAGUGCCUGCUGGACGACUUCCAAGACACAAAGAAGUUAUUCUGCUGAAUGACCUUAUUGACUGUGCUCGUCCUGGAGAAGAAAUUGAGAUUACUGGCAUAUAUACCAACAAUUUUGACUUAUCUUUGAACACAAAGAAUGGGUUUCCUGUAUUUGCCACAGUGGUGGAAGCUAACUAUGUUACAAAGAAGCAAGACCUGUUCUCUGCAUACAAGCUAACCCAGGAAGACAAGACACAAAUCGAAGAGUUAUCCAAGGACCCACGUAUAGUUGAACGCAUCAUUAAGUCAAUUGCUCCGUCAAUAUAUGGCCACGAUGAUAUCAAAACAGCUCUUGCACUUGCUAUGUUUGGAGGCCAAGAGAAAAACAUUAAAGGGAAGCACAGAUUGCGUGGAGAUAUAAAUGUACUUCUACUUGGUGAUCCAGGAACAGCAAAAUCACAAUUUCUGAAGUACGUUGAGAAAACUGGUCAGAGAGCUGUCUACACGACUGGUAAGGGAGCUUCAGCUGUUGGUCUGACUGCAGCAGUACACAAGGAUCCAGUUACUAGGGAGUGGACCCUUGAAGGAGGGGCUCUCGUACUUGCUGAUCGGGGAAUUUGUCUUAUUGAUGAGUUUGACAAGAUGAAUGACCAGGACAGGGUAAGUAUCCAUGAAGCCAUGGAACAGCAGAGUAUCAGUAUAUCCAAGGCAGGAAUAGUUACGUCUCUUCAAGCUCGUUGCUCAGUUAUUGCCGCAGCUAAUCCUGUUGGUGGAAGAUACGAUUCAUCAAAAUCAUUUGCACAAAACGUCGAGUUGACAGAUCCAAUCCUUUCUCGUUUUGAUAUUUUGUGUGUUGUCAAGGAUGUGGUUGACCCAGUUACAGAUGAAAUGCUAGCUGAAUUUGUUGUCAAUAGUCACUUCAAAUCACAACCCAAAGGUGGUAAGAUGGAUGAUAGCGAGCCCCAAGAUGGCAUUCAGGGGUCUAGCGGUUCUACUGAUCCGGAGGUUCUUCCCCAGAACCUGCUGAAGAAAUACUUAACAUACUCGAAGUUGUAUGUAUUCCCAAAACUGGGUGAACUAGAUGCCAAGAAGUUAGAAACUGUUUAUGCUAAUCUAAGACGAGAAUCAAUGAAUGGACAAGGAGUUUCUAUCGCGACAAGGCACCUCGAGUCUAUGAUCCGAAUGUCUGAAGCACAUGCUAGGAUGCACCUUAGGCAGUAUGUAACAGAAGAGGAUGUUAAUAUGGCCAUUCGAGUUCUGCUUGACUCUUUCAUAUCAACACAGAAAUUUGGAGUCCAGAGAACUCUAAGAGAGAGUUUCAAACGAUACAUUACAUACAAAAAGGACUUCAACUCAUUGCUGCUUGUUCUUCUGAAAGAGCUCGUAAAGAAUGCGUUGAAGUUUGAAGAAAUCAUUUCAGGAUCAAAUUCAGGACUAUCGUCUAUCGAGGUUAAGAUAGAGGAGCUGCAGACAAAGGCCAAGGAAUACGACAUUGCAGAUCUACGACCGUUCUUUUCAAGCACUGACUUCUCGAAAGCUCAUUUCGAGUUGGACCAUGGUCGAGGAAUGAUCAAGUGUCCUAAAAGGCUGAUCACUUGGUAAACAACAAGGCGAGCUUCAAGUCACUAUCAACUUAGAUUUAUAAUCGUAUGAAAUAUCAAAUGUCUGAUUAUUAGGAAGAUAGUUUUGUCUUAAGAUUAUGAGUUGCUCAAGGAUUUGCAGUUUAAAUGACGGUUUAAUGCAACUUUUGGAAACAAAUUGAAUUUUUCUAUCUUGCUAA